AUGUCUGGCAAAGUCGGCGGCAAAUCCAAGUCUGGCAAGGCUGCUGGUGGGGAACCCACUGGCAAGUCACAGUCGCGCUCCUCCAAGGCUGGCCUCCAAUUCCCCGUUGGUCGUGUCCACCGUCUCCUCAAGAGAGGCAACUACGCUCAGCGUGUCGGUGCCGGUGCCCCAGUUUACCUAGCUGCCGUUCUCGAAUACCUUGCCGCUGAAAUCCUCGAACUCGCCGGCAAUGCUGCCCGCGACAACAAGAAGCAUCGUAUUGUGCCCCGCCAUCUCCAAUUAGCCAUCAGAAAUGACGAGGAACUUGGCAAGCUCCUCGGUGAUGUUGUUAUCUCGCAGGGUGGUGUUGUCCCCCAUAUCGCUCCCGAGCUACUGCCCACGAAGACAGGAAAGGGCAAGAAGGAGAGCCAGGAGGCUUAG